ACUUCCUUUAAAUUCAAUUUUUAAGUAUUCACUAUUUCCAAGCAUUAUAUAAUUAAAUAUAUUUUAUUUUCUCUAAAGGCAAGUUAACAACCAUUUCUCUGACCAAGGCCUUGUGAUAAGAGGUCCAAAAAUAAAAAAUAAAAAAAUAAAAUAAAAAACACAACUCCUCUGUCUGUGAUUGGAGUGACAUAAUAAAAGCUCAAUUAUAUGAGUAGCUUUUUCUAGUCCCAAAUAGGACAGUAGGUCCCACCAAAAAACCUUGUCUUUAUCAGCAACAUUGGCUAAACAAUUCCAAUAUUAUCUUGUCUAUCACGUAAAUUAAACAAGUCAAUUCCACCAAUAUUACCUUAUAUAUCUUACCUAGUUUGUCCUCUGGUCAUCUCCUCAUAUCUUCCAUUCCAUGGAUAAUCCUUUACAGUCAGAGUUCAUGGCGGAAAAAAAAUUCACCGGUCAUCCCACUUAUAGCUGCAACAGUUGCCGGAAUCCGGUUGCCCUCCAUGACGACCUUAUUUCUAAAAAAUUUCGGGCAAAAUCUGGACAAGCCUAUAUGUUCUCUCAUGCGAUGAACAUUGUUGUGGGACACAAAGAAGACAAACAGCUGAUGACUUGUGUUUUUAGUGUUGCGGAUAUUUUCUGUAGCAAUUGUGGUGAGUUGUUGGGUUGGAAAUACGUUCGAGCUUAUAGUUAUUGUCACACCCCAAAUUUUAACACAAAGACUCUUUGUCUUCUCAAAGCGGACAAUAUCAUACCAUGUGGUGGAGUGGGUCGUUACAGUUAUGAUGCGAGGCAACGAUUCAAGGAAGGCAACUUCAUUUUUGAGACUGCUAAGAUAUUGAAGGGAUUUUAA